UACGCGGUCUUUCCCGUUUGAAUUUGUGUUACUCCAACGAAUCCAUCACCACUUUCUCAAUUAAUUAAAAAAAAAAAACUUGUUUCUCUCUCUUUUUCUGAAGAGUCCGUUAUACAAACCCUAACCGAAUAGUUAUAUUUUUUGUUUUUCAAAAAAUUGAAACGAAGAAAAGAAAAUGAAGAGCAAGAAACCAUUGAAGCAACUGAAGCUCUCUGUUCCUGCUCAGGAAACCCCAAUCUCUUCUUUCCUGACGGCGAGUGGGACAUUUCAUGAUGGUGAUUUGCUUCUAAAUCAGAAAGGCUUGCGGCUCAUUUCCGAGGAAAAAGAAUCUCGACCUUCUGACGGCAAGGAGCUUGAUUUUGAUUUCUCAUUGGAAGACCUUGAGACCAUCAAAGUUAUUGGGAAGGGAAGUGGUGGUGUAGUACAACUUGUCCGCCAUAAAUGGGUUGGAAGAUUAUUUGCCUUGAAGGUCAUCCAAAUGAACAUACAAGAGGAAAUUCGUAAGCAAAUUGUGCAGGAGCUUAAAAUAAACCAAGCAUCACAAUGUUCACAUGUUGUGGUUUGCUACCAUUCUUUCUAUCACAAUGGAGCCAUAUCUCUUGUGCUAGAAUACAUGGACCGUGGAUCUCUGGCCGAUGUGAUCAGACAAGUUAAAACGAUUCUUGAACCAUAUCUUGCAGUUGUGUGUAAGCAGGUCCUACAGGGUCUUGUCUAUUUGCACCAUGAAAGGCAUGUAAUACACAGGGACAUAAAACCAUCCAAUUUACUGGUAAACCAUAAAGGGGAAGUGAAGAUCACUGAUUUUGGUGUCAGUGCAAUGCUAGCUAGCUCCAUGGGCCAGAGAGAUACAUUUGUAGGGACUUACAACUACAUGUCGCCAGAGAGAAUUAGUGGGAGCACUUACGACUAUAGCAGUGAUAUUUGGAGUUUGGGCAUGGUCGUGCUUGAGUGUGCCAUUGGACGUUUCCCAUAUAUGCAAUCUGAAGAUCAGCAAAGCUGGCCUAGCUUUUAUGAGCUUUUGCAGGCAAUUGUGGAAAAGCCUCCACCAACUGCUCCACCAGAUCAAUUCUCUCCCGAGUUCUGUUCAUUUGUAUCAGCCUGCAUACAGAAGAACCCUCGGGACAGAGCAUCAUCUUUGGGCCUCUUGAGUCAUCCCUUCAUCAAAAAGUUCGAAGGCAAAGACAUUGAUCUUGGGAUUUUGGUAGGUAGUUUGGAACCUCCAGUGAAUUACCCAAGAUAAUCUGCCUCGUAGCAAUAUGUUUUUGAAUGUAAAAUGUUUUGGUCGUGCAUCACUCUUCAUCUUGUUCAAAGCAUACAUAAAGAAUUUCUUGUAGCAAUUUCCAUCUUAUGCUCUCCUAUAUCAAGGUUUAGUAUUUCAACUAUUCAACAAGUUUCCUCUCUACACAUUGAUAACAAUGACCUAAGGAAGAAAUAAUCUGUUGGGCAGAGUAGGAUCUGUGGGUAUUAAACCUGGGGAGAAGAAUAAACAGCAAAAGGGUUGAUUAGGGUUCAAAGCUGUGGGCACUAAAAGGGGAUAAGAAUUAGAGAACAAGGAGGGCGAGGCCUACCAACAAAAGCAUGUGGUGUCAUUUCCACUGCCUAUCAAAUGCCCCUACUUCCCAUCAUGAUUUAUUCCCAGGUCAACCUUCUUAUCCUUACCAACCCACCUCUAAAAGAUAAUAAAUUAAAUACAGAAACCCAUCAAUUGUAAGAAAUAAAUACUAAUUUUAUGCAUUGGCAAUGAUCUGUCUGAGUUAACACCUAACGACCUUUGGGCAUGGAUGCAGCUAAAUUCUGAAUGAAACUAGGAAUGCCCCACGGAAAAUUGUUUUCAACUUUUAGAGGAAAUGCCGCCAUGGCCAGGCUUGGUUUCUUAAAAGAAUGCACAGCUUGCGUUGCUUUUUUGACCAUACAAAAAUUAGCUGUUCCUAAAAUAGAAGACAGUUGUAAUAAGGAGAGGUAUAAGACAUGGAAAUCAUUUGAUGAACAUCAAGAUCCUAUUCACCAGCUGGCAAGUAAAAGCUCCCUCAAUCAGACAGCUGAAAUCAUUGAUUCUCUCCAUCUCAACGCCAAAUUUUUCAAGAUGGGUUUUGAACAUCUUCUUCGUAUUAAAUAAUUUACAACAAGAAAUUGAGCUUGUUGAUGCCUUAACCUCGUGAGGAAUUUAUGAGGAAACUGACAAGAUUAGUGGCUUUCCAUAUAUAGCCACAAGAAUUUAAUUUAAUUCUUCUUUUUUUGUCCAAUCGUAAGCAAAUUGAAUUGAAUGGUAAGCAGGCACCACAACAAAUGGGAGGAAAACAAGGAUUAGUGGUAAAAAAACAGAACACCUAAACCCACCAAAAAAUGUUUCCCUGAACUAUUGUGGAGGUUCUUGUUUGUACCAAUGCAUCUAGAGAUUCCUCCAUUGCCUUGGCAAGUUUUACAAUGUGAUUGCCUUGAGACAUGCAAACAUGUAGAAUGUGUCAUGGCUUUUUGAGGCAAAUUUGCCAAAGAUAGUGACCUGAUUUUCAGCCAAACAAAAAAAAAGGAUGAUGACUAGGAUAUGGAUGCCUUCAAAUGUAGACCUUAUCCGAUUU